AAUGUUUUGUUUCAUUUAGAUCUGUUCAUUGAGCUAGGGAGAUGUGGUGAUAUGUUGCAACUUCCAAAAUCUCAGUGUUAUAAAAUUAAUGAAAGUUUCUCAGUUUCUUCAGACACGAAGCAGGGUCAAAUGGGGAAUCAGAAAGGGAUUGGGCAGCUCUCCAGGUAGGUCCUUCACAAAAUGAUGACUCAAGGGCUCAGCUAUCCUCUGAGCUAUCCUUCUUCCCUUAUGGCUCCUCUGUUCCCCCUGCUACCUUAGAGUCCCUUGCUAGAUUGCUGUGCCAGUUGGUGAGUGAAGACAGAGUAAGCUGUGGAUCUUUCAGGAUAUUCUAAAGUGUCAAACUUAGAAGUAGAUACAUCAUUUUUACCCACAUUGCAUAGGUUGGGGCCCUGUGACUAGUUCUGGCCAAAGUGCUGGGGAGGCUGGGAAAUAAUACUUAUGAUAUAAAAAACAAGAUUGGUGAGUACCUAGUUGCUUUCUGCCAUAGGUGAUAUUAUCUCCAUUUUUACAAAUGACAAAACAAGUUUUAAAUGAUUUACUCAGUUUCACACACUGAUAAAUGAAACUGAAAGUCUGAUUCACAGUCUAGUAUUUAUGUAAUUUAUGGCUGCUCAUCAGUUCCACAUCUUGUCCUGGAGCUGUCAUACUUGAACAGAGUUUUAAAUUUGGUCAGGGAGACAAAUACAACUUUUUUACAAUCACUGUGACUUUUGUUGGCAGUUUACAGGGUAAUUUAUCUAAAUUAUUUUCCUUUUCUAUUUUGUUUUUCGAGCCAUACUUUGUCUUUUAGAAUAUAUCCUUCAGGUUAUAAGUAGUAUGCACUUCACUUGCUGUAUUCUUAUGGAUUCUUCACGACAACAUAAUCAGCUUUAAUUUAAAGUAAAUUAAAAAGCACAUCAGCAUUUGAUUACCAAAAGCAUGCUAAGUAUUAAGUAGAGUUUAAGAACCUAAUGCCCUCACACUAUCUCUUUCUCUUUCCUUCCUAAAAGGGAAUAAAAAUCCUAAGAAGUUGCUUCUCUGUUGUGAACUGCUUUCCCUCAUAUAAGGAACACUUGUUCUAACAGUUGGUCAUAUCAGUUAAAGACGUUCUUAUCAUGUCCCACAUACCACUGAUUUGUAGCCAGAGUAUUCACUACUUUGUAUUGUAAUAAAAGUUCCUUUUUGUUUUGAAGUUUGCUUGGCCCCUCUUUUCUUGGAGAGUUUGAGGUGGUAUCAACAUCCUACAGAAGAAGAAUUAAGAAUUCUUGCAGGGAAACAGCAAAAAGGGAAAAGCAAAAAAGAUAGGAAAUAUAAUGGUCACAUUGAAAGUAAGCCAUUAACCAUUCCAAAGGAUAUUGACCUUCAUCUAGAAACAAAAUCAGUUACAGAAGUGGAUACUUUAGCAUUGCAUUACUUUCCAGAAUACCAGUGGCUGGUGGAUUUCACAGUGGCUGCUACAGUUGUGUAUCUAGUAACUGAAGUCUACUACAAUUUUAUGAAACCUACACAGGAAAUGAAUAUCAGCUUAGUCUGGUGCCUGCUUGUUUUGUCUUUUGCAAUCAAAGUUCUAUUUUCAUUAACUACACACUAUUUUAAAGUAGAAGAUGGUGGUGAAAGAUCUGUUUGUGUCACCUUUGGAUUUUUUUUCUUUGUCAAAGCAAUGGCAGUAUUGAUUGUAACAGAAAAUUAUCUGGAAUUUGGACUUGAAACAGGGUUUACAAAUUUUUCAGACAGUGCGAUGCAGUUUCUUGAAAAGCAAGGUUUAGAAUCUCAGAGUCCUGUUUCAAAACUUACUUUCAAAUUUUUCCUGGCUAUUUUCUGUUCACUCAUUGGGGCUUUUUUGACAUUUCCUGGAUUACGGCUGGCUCAAAUGCAUCUGGAUGCCCUGAAUUUGGCAACAGAAAAAAUUACACAAACAUUACUUCAUAUCAACUUCCUGGCACCUUUAUUUAUGGUUCUGCUCUGGGUAAAACCAAUCACCAAAGACUACAUUAUGAACCCACCACUGGGUAAAGAAAGUAUCCCUUUAAUGACAGAAGCCACAUUUGAUACUCUGCGACUCUGGUUAAUAAUCCUGCUGUGUGCUUUGCGGUUGGCCAUGAUGCGUAGUCACCUGCAAGCUUAUUUAAAUUUAGCCCAAAAAUGUGUGGAUCAGAUGAAGAAAGAAGCAGGGCGAAUAAGUACGGUUGAGCUACAGAAAAUGGUGGCUCGAGUCUUUUAUUAUCUUUGUGUCAUUGCACUGCAGUAUGUGGCGCCUCUGGUAAUGCUGCUUCACACAACUCUGCUUUUGAAAACACUAGGUAAUCAUUCCUGGGGAAUUUAUCCAGAAUCUAUCUCUACCUUACCAGCGGAUAAUAGUCUACUUUCCAAUUCUGUUUACUCUGAAUUACCAUCAGCUGAAGGGAAGAUGAAGGUAACUGUUACGCAAAUAACAGUGGCACUGAGCAGCUUAAAAAAUAUUUUUACUCCUCUUCUUUUUCGAGGACUUCUGUCUUUUCUGACCUGGUGGAUUGCUGCUUGCCUCUUUUCUACAAGCCUUUUUGGGCUUUUCUAUCACCAGUAUCUGACUGUGGCAUGAAUCUCAGUUAACAAAAAAGCAUAUCCAAAUCACACUUUAAAUUCAAAUAUUUGUGCCCUUAAAGGGCUGAUGAAAACCAGAAGAAAGCAAAUACAAUGGAAAAAAAAAAAAACAUAUCAGAAUGUCUUGUAUUAAAUGUUUCCUCUGUAUUCUCAGGGUGAAUUAAUGUUGUAAUAUUUAAAAUUACAAAAUAGAUUGUUAUCUGUUACACUGUGGCAUUGGAAUUUUAACUCUUUGUAUUUACUGGUAGGAGAGGGCUAUCUACAAGGGUAAUAUUUCUGAUUACCCUGGUUUACAGAAACCUCCAGCAGUCUUUGAAACAUCUCACAUGACUCUAGUUACUGAUUGCUUUUAAUGGUAUUAUGGUACUGUUGAUAGUCAUAGUGGCUGCCUAUAGAACAAUCUUCAAACUGAGCCAUGCUUUAGGGGAGGGAAAGGGGCUAAAGUCUCUUCUGUUGGUAAUAUAUUAGUUACUCUUGAAACAAUAAAAUCCAACAGAAAGGAAGAGAUAGCUACUGUAUAUUACAGUAAAGAAAGCUGCAUAGUUAUUUUAAAUUUAAUGGAGAUGAAUAUGGUUAAAAUAUAUAACUACUGCUGCUUGAGAAUAGCAAGAGUAUUGUUUUAAAACAUAUUCUACCCAACUUGAGAGUUCUUUUAAAAUGACUGGCCAUAUGAACAUUUGUAAUCUUGCCAUUAGGUUUGGACCUGCCAUAUUUUAUUUUAUUCUACGAUCCUAAAUAGUUCCUUUUAAUAGGCUAAAAAUAUUUAUCAAUACUGAUCAGACUUUAAAGAAAUUACUUUGUAAACCUGCUGACUACCUGUAUGUAUUGUGUAUAUAUUAUAUAUUAAAUAUAUAAUAUAUUGAGAUUAUAAAAGAUGAAAAUAUUGAAUCCUUAUAAUAUUUUAAGUUGCAGAAUGUAUGUUAAAAAGUGACUUGAAUGAGAUGUAUUUGUAUCUAGAAAUUUUAUUUCUUUUUGGAAUGAGAUUAAAAUACAUUUUGAAAGUUCAGCAGAGUAAGCAAUUUAUUUGUAUUGCCUAUGUGUGAGUGUAUUUAAAGUUUUAUGGACGCUUAAUAAUUUCUCCCAAAUUAAAAUUCUUUUUCUGUCAUUUCUGAAAAUCAGAAUCUUUCCCUCCCAAAUCAGGUCUACAGGUAUCAUGUAUGCCUUGGUUAAAUAGGACUCAUUUUAAAUUUGUAGUUUCUAGAAUAAGAAAUAUUUUUGUUUUACUGGCCAAAGUUGAGAUAAUUUGAAUGAAACAUUCAAGGGAAAUGAAAAAAAAUAAAACUCUUUUUGAUUCUUUUUACAUCUAAAGUUUAAAAUGAAGGGUCAAGAUUGUAAAAUGUAUAAGAGAUAAACAAAGGUAGUUUUUUUCUCUUUUUAAAUAAAUGAAUAAAUACUUUUCCAUAUAA